AUGACCGAAAUAGAUGUGCACGAGCAGCGACUCGACCGUCGACUUCAGCUUACCGAGGGGCUCAUCAGUCUUCCCUACGACCUCGUCUUGUAUAUAGAACGAGCCGUCGUCUAUGCAGAUCUUGGCUACCCCGACCUCGCCGCCGGCGAUGCGUACCGCGCGCUGUUACUGACAGACGAAGUCCUUACCGACGGGUUCGAGUUCCAUGAGCAGGCUCUUUCAGCUCUGCGAAUGCGGUUGCCGCCUCCACUACCUGACGUUCUCUCGCACGGCAAGUUGGCUGAGGAGUGGCCACCCCAUCUCGACGUUGAAACGCCGGACAAUGACGAAACUGUGCAUGCGCUGGCUCGCCUAUGCGCAAUCCGCGCCUAUCAAAUUAUCUCUCUCAGUCUACUCCUGUGCGGCUGCCUCAAAUCUGCAUUCACUUUCUGCGAGCGUGGUCUCGCAGCCAGCCCGAACAACCAAGAGCUCCUAGAUACCAAGAGCAACAUCGAGACGAUGGCUCGCCGACGGCUGCGCCGCGACAAGAUUGACGUUAGCGAUCUGCCCGAUUCAGGCCUCGUGCGCCGAGAAGUCUAUCCGUGGAACGAUCGCGAGCCCGAUCGAUUUGCGAAAGAGUCCCUCGAAACCCUCAACGCCGGCUUGAAGAAGGCGGCCCCCAAGUGUGCCAUCCAAGUGGCCACGCUACCCGUCUUGCUGGAGAAUGCAAGCAGUAGCACUGAUUCGCUCGAUAUUAUUCCCACAUGCCAGCAACUGGGUGUGUUUGCGCAGGAGGACAUUGAGCCGGGCGAGGCGGUGCUGCGUGAGUACACCCUACUCACGGCCAACAACAGACUCAAAGACUCGGUCUGCGACGCAUGCAGUAGCGAUCUUCCCCCCAUUGGCAGCGAGCAAGAGCCAGUCCAGUGCGAUGAAUGCUAUGACACCGUCUUUUGCACCCAGCACUGCCACGACGAGGCCCAAGAACGAUACCAUCCCGCCGUUUGCGAAAAGGACGUUGACGCCAUCGCAAAGGACGCCGAUAAAUACGAAGCCGGCGACACACUCUAUCUCCUCCUGCUUGCGCGCGUCCUCGCGCUCGCCGCGCACCAGGAAAUAAAUCCCCUCGACGUAUCUGAGGUCAAGUUCAUAUGGGGCGACUUUGUGUCGAGUCGCACUAACGACAUUGACGUCUCCCUAUCGGCCGGCCCGCCACCCGAGUGGACGCUUCCCUUCUCCUUCAAGUACAACAUCGAAACGCCACUACACGUCCUCGAGAAGAUGGACAUUGACAUUUUCGCCACGCUUGCCGACUACGACCUGUGGAUCCUCAACACGCUGUACGCCAAAUUCCGCGGCACCGCCUCCGCCAGGAAGAGCCUACGUGACGGCCGCCCUGACGUCGCUGCCGUCCACCCGUACUGGUGCCUCGCCAACCACGACUGCGACCCCAAUGUGACCUGGGACUGGGGUGGCCGCAUGGUUCUCUGGGCCAAGAAAGAACGCAAAGCCGCUGGCCGACCCGGCGGGAUCAAGAAGGGAGAGGAGAUCCUAAACCACUACUGCGACAUUGACCUGCCCGUUCAGGAGCGCCGUGAGUGGGCUCGCGGCAGCCUUGGCGGCUGGUGCAUGUGUCAGCGAUGCAGAACCGAGUCUGCCACGGAGGAGAACGGUGACGAGGGUAAAUACGGCAGUGCUGGUCAUAGCUUGUGA